AUGGAACUCUUAGGUACAUUUUACUUAUUAAAAGCUGUUGUGCGGUGUGCAAGCCACCAUUUCACUAUUGCUAUAAACAAUGGUCGUUAUUGGUUUUAUUAUGAUGAUCUCUGUAGUGCAGUUCAGCAAUAUGCUACAUUUCAAGAUAUUUUGAAUGUUUACGCCAAUGGAUGGUAUUUUGCUGUUUAUGAAAGCUCUGUUGAUAACAUUAUUAAUAUACAUCAAGGCAUUGAUUCCUGUACAUUAAUGCCAGACCAUUCUUAUUCAAAAUUAGAGGAUAAAGAACGCCAAGCCUGUGAUGAUUUUGGGAAAGAAGUUUGCACACCCAGAAAACGACAAAGACCAGAAACAAAUACUGACAAAUUGAUAGAUAGAAAAAGAAAGCUGAACUUAAAUGUAGUAAAUCCACAUUUGAAGAAUUACAAAAUUGCUAAAAAAGCCAAAGAGACAGAGAGUGAAAAACUUUCUAGACAAAAAAAGCAAAAAGAAUAUAUGAGGGCAUACAGAAGGAAAAUAAAGGAUUAUGAGACAGGGGAGGAGAAGCAAGCACGAUUGAUAAAACAAAAUGUGCAAAAGUGGAACUCUAGACAGAAAAAGGAAGACAAUACAUUUGAUGUAAUUAAACCAGUAGGAAAAUUUACAGCUAAAAAAGCCAAAGAGACAGAGAGUGAAAAACUUUCUAGACAAAAAAACCAAAAAGAAUAUAUGAGGGCAUACAGAAGGAAAAUAAAGGAUUAUGAGACAGGGGAGGAAAAGCAAGCACAAUUGAUAAAACAAACUGUGCAAUUUAAGUGGAACUCUAGACAGAAAAAGGAAGACAAUACAUUUGAUGUAAUUAAACCAGUAGGAAAAUUUACAGCAUGGCAAAAAGUAGAUAAACCACUGCAUAAUGUUGACAAAGAAGCAUAUUUAUCUCAAUUUGACAGUAUAAACACUGGACCAAUUCAUGUACAGAAGUGGGCUAUCAAAAACAUGGAAGACUUUCAUAAUUCACUUAAAUUCAAAAUUUAUAUGUGUGAAGUUUGCCAUGAGGCAUGGCCAUUAUCAUCAAAAGGCAAAAAGAGAUCUCCUUAUAUGUGUUCAAGAUGUUCACGUGACAAGAAUGGAGUGAAAAAUUUUCAUCUCAGAAUGGAAUGA